AUGAAGAAAUUUGAAGUGCUUGUGGUUGCUGAUUUUUUGAAGAAAUUGAAUAAAGAAACCAACACGCAAUUAACGACUGGAUCGGAAGAGCAACAACAACUAGUUGUCCACAGAUCAUCCUCAGAUGUUUCAUUUGAUAUUGGAUUAAUUUUUUCAAUGCCUGCUGCAGAAGAGUCUGCAAGUUCGGAGGAAAAGCUGUCUUCCUCAUCAUCAAUAUUGGUUCAUCAUGUAUCGUUAAUUUCAACGUUGGAAGAAGGAAAAGCUAAAAAUGGAGGAUUUUCAAGUCUUUCAUCGGAAUGGUUUCAUCAACAAAUUCAAAUUGUUCAACAAGCUUUGCUUUCGAGUGUGAAUAUUUCUGGAAUGUAUUUACGAGAUUAUUCGUAUGCUGUCAAGGAUCGACUUAACGAUGUGAUAGCCCUCUAUAUGCGAUCUAUUGAAUCAUUACAACCUACUGAUGCCACAUCUUCAAAUCCUGUAUAUUUUGUUAAUGUAUUGAAAGAGGGCCAGGAUGUUUUUGUUUUUGAGAAGGGAAAAUUUAGGCAAGACAUUACUGCUGUCUUUACAGAAAGCCCAACAGCCAGAAAAAUUUCAGAAUAUUCGUGCGUGUUGCCCUAUUACAAAAAGUUGAAAUCGUCUAAAAACAUUGAUGCAUUAUUAGAUGAAAUUGAAAAUCAAUUAGAAGAUUCUCUUGCAAAUGAUUAUCUUUGGAAAGUGAACAAAACAACCAAGAGAAUUGAGUGCUUCCUCAACACCAGAGCAGAGUCAAAAUUACCAGAGAUCAAUCAGGAGGGUGACAUGAUUGAAAUUGUCUUAUGUGGCACAAUAAGCGGCAUGGUUCUCACUUUGGAUGGGUUCUCAUAUAGCGAUGAAGAUCUGAUCAAGGAACUCAAAAAAGAUAUUAUUCAAGGAGUGACCACACGAAUUGCCUUUGACGAUCAACUUGCCAAAGGGGUUUCUAGUAAUUCUAUUGUGGUUAACAGAAAUCUCUUGAAGCGUUUUUAUAUCCAUGACUCUGUCACAAAUAUUAUUUAUUGCGAUUAUAGUGAAGAUGUUGACUCAAUAGGUAUCAUUGAGGCUAUUCCAUCUCUUAUGGACCAAUCACAUGCAUUUGUAAUGGAUGUAGAAGGUAACACGUUCUCGAAAAAGAAGUUAUAUGAUGAAUCCUCCAAAGAAAAGGUCACAGAAACGAAGAAGUCGAAGGAAGGAAAGGCAAUCACAGAGUCCGUCUCAUCUACGAGCAGCAAUGAAGGAAUAUUUGCAUGGUUUUUUGCUUUCAUUGCCUUCCUUAUGAGCCUAUUAGGAAUCAAGAGUCAAACAUCCACCAAUUAA